UUGCCCAUUCCUUCAACUCCACGGAGUAGAUCCGAGGAGUUUGGGAAAACCCUAACUUCUUCUACAUCGCUCUUUCUCUCUCUCUCUCCAUCGACCAUCAAUUUCUUCAUCGUCAUCAUAAUCGUAAUCAUCACCAGUCAUGGCGGGUCUAGCACCAGAAGGAUCACAGUUUGAUGCCCGUCAAUAUGAUGCCAAAAUGAAUGAUUUACUUUCAGCUGAUGGGCAAGAUUUCUUUACAUCAUAUGAUGAGGUUUAUGACAGUUUUGACGCUAUGGGUUUGCAAGAGAACCUUCUGAGGGGCAUUUAUGCAUACGGUUUUGAGAAACCCUCAGCAAUUCAGCAAAGGGGAAUUGUCCCCUUCUGCAAGGGUCUUGAUGUAAUUCAACAGGCUCAGUCCGGAACUGGGAAGACAGCAACUUUCUGCUCUGGUAUUCUUCAACAACUUAACUAUGGUAUAGUGGAAUGUCAGGCCUUGGUUUUGGCACCUACACGUGAGCUAGCACAACAGAUUGAGAAGGUCAUGCGGGCACUCGGUGAUUAUCUUGGUGUGAAGGUACAUGCUUGUGUAGGUGGAACCAGUGUCCGCGAGGACCAGCGUAUUCUAUCAAGUGGGGUUCAUGUGGUUGUUGGCACUCCUGGGCGUGUAUUUGAUAUGCUACGUAGACAGUCCCUUCGUCCAGAUUAUAUAAAGAUGUUUGUAUUGGAUGAGGCAGAUGAAAUGCUCUCACGAGGUUUCAAGGAUCAGAUCUAUGAUAUAUUCCAGCUCCUUCCUUCAAAAAUUCAGGUUGGGGUGUUUUCUGCCACAAUGCCUCCCGAGGCCCUUGAUAUCACAAGGAAGUUUAUGAACAAACCUGUGAGGAUUCUUGUGAAGCGUGACGAGCUCACCCUGGAAGGUAUAAAACAGUUCUAUGUUAAUGUAGACAAGGAAGAAUGGAAAUUUGAGACACUUUGUGAUCUUUAUGAAACCUUGGCCAUCACCCAAAGUGUAAUUUUCGUGAACACGCGACGCAAGGUUGACUGGCUCACUGACAAGAUGCGAAGCCGAGACCACACAGUCUCAGCCACCCAUGGAGACAUGGACCAGAACACGAGGGACAUAAUUAUGCGUGAAUUUCGUUCUGGGUCAUCCCGUGUUCUCAUCACAACUGAUCUUCUGGCCCGUGGUAUUGAUGUCCAGCAAGUCUCUCUUGUUAUAAACUUCGAUCUCCCUACUCAGCCCGAGAACUAUCUUCAUCGUAUUGGACGUAGUGGCCGGUUUGGGAGGAAAGGUGUUGCCAUCAACUUCAUCACAAGGGAUGAUGAGAAGAUGAUGCAUGACAUCCAGAAGUUCUAUAACGUGGUAAUUGAGGAGCUGCCAUCAAAUGUUGCUGAUCUCCUGUAACAAGAUUUUGUCUUCCUAUUAGCAGUGAGAAAGCCGAAUGUCAAAACGUAGUCUCAAGUAGCUGAGAAGGAACGAUUUUCUGUAUAGCAAAAUUUUGCCGUGGAUGAGGGCUAAGCUAUUCUUUUGAUGAACUUUUUUACAAUAAAUACAGAGAGGUUGCACGAUUCCUACCACGCCCAUAUGGACAUCUAUUCUGUGCGUCUGUCAUGUAUUAGUAUGGUAAACAUUAUUAUAUAUGCCUCACAAUUUUGGAUUUCGCCGGCUUGCAUUAAGGAACAAUGGUGGUAGAAAAUAAAUUUGUAUUAGGUUUUAAGGAAUGUACUUUGAUGAGAGAUGAUUGUAGGCCUGCAUUAAGGAAUGUACUUUGAUGGACUUUCUCAUGACCAAUUUUUUUGUCUGCA